GGAAUGCUGGUGCUGUGUGUUAUUUUUUUGUUCCAAGUGCAAUGUGCACUCUCUCAGGGACCCGAAGGAUUUUUUAACAGCUCUUCACAUGUAACUUUGAACUCUUUAUUUCAAGUACGUAGCAGGACAUCAUUAAGUUUCAGAACUUGCUCCAGUGGCCAAUUAUUAUACCAAGAGGGCAUUACUGGAGAUUUUAUUGACCUUACAUUAUUGCCUUCUGGCAGUUUAGAGUUUUCAUGGCGUGUGAAUAGGCUUCAGCAUUCAGUUAGUGUAGGUUCAAAUCUGAUUGAUAAUCACUGGCAUGAUGUAGAUCUCCUGUACAGACUGGGAUCUGUAUGGCUCACUGUGUCUAGAAAUACUGUACUUGUGGCAAACAGUUCAUACCAAAAUGAUAUUUUUGAUUUACGAUUAGAACAUUCACAACCUGAGCUUAUAGUGGGUAGAGGAUUCACAGGUUGUAUUCUACAAGGAGCUGGUGUUGUGUUAAAUGAUUCAAACAUUAAUUCAUCUGGUGUCAUUUGGGGUAAAUGUCCUCUACCUGACAGAGGCGAUUGUUAUGGUUAUCAAGUGGAUCAUUGUUUUAGUCAGCCAUGCCAUAAGUACAGUAAAUGCGUCUCUCUGCCAGAUAGCUAUGAAUGUGUUUGUACUGCAAGAUAUACGGGACAAAACUGUGAUAUAGAUUUAGGUCCAUUAUGCAAUAGACCCGAAUACAAUCGCUGCCAAAAUGGAGGUGUAUGCCAAGAAGAUAAAGCUGGUAAUUUUACUACUUGUGCUUGCCCACCAAAGUUUACUGGCACACAUUGUGAAACUAUGAUUGACAAUGCAUUUUGUGACAUUAUGCCUUGCCGUAAUGGUGGAACAUGCAACAUCAAUCAGUACCAAGAUAAUUAUGUCUGCACUUGUCCUCAAGGUUUUGCAGGUGUGGACUGCGAGUUAAAUAUUGAUGAGUGUCAGUCUUCACCUUGCCAGAAUAAUGGUUCUUGUACUGAUGAAAUAAAUUCUUAUUCAUGUGAUUGUGCUGGUACUGGUUACCGAGGUCCAAAUUGUGAAGAAAAUAUUAAUGAAUGUGAAGAAAACAAUCCUUGUUAUACUGGUAGUCGCUGUUUUGAUCGUUAUGGUGACUACAUCUGUGAUUGUCCACCGGGAUUUGGAGGGAAGAACUGUGAUCAAGAAGUCAAUGAAUGUGAUUCCAAUCCUUGUCAGAACAUGGGGACAUGCAUUGACAAUGUUAAUGGCUACCUAUGCCAUUGCAUAACUGGUUUUGCUGGCAUCAAUUGUGAAGAGAAUAUUGAUGAGUGCAGUGGGAUUGCAUGUCCAGCCAAUAGCCAUUGUAUGGAUGGUAUCAAUUCAUAUUCAUGUGUUUGUAAUCCUGGAUAUUCAGGUGCUGUUCCUCAUUGUCAAGAAAUUGAUGAAUGUGCUGGGAGUCCCUGCCUUAAUAAUGGAACAUGUGAAGAUCAGCUGAAUGGGUUUUUAUGUAACUGCAAAAAGGGAUUUCUUGGAAAACACUGUGAAAUCAAUAUUGAUGAAUGUGAAUCAAACCCAUGUCGGAAUGGUGCCACAUGCAUUGAUGGAGCUGGGCAAUAUAUUUGCGAGUGUGUGAUUGGCUACACUGGGACCAAUUGUGAAAUAGAUAUUAAUGAUUGUGAACCAAAUCCUUGUAAAAAUAACGCUAAGUGCACAGAUUUGGUGAACGACUUCUUGUGUGACUGCCUUCCUGGCUGGGAAGGCAAGAUGUGUGUUGAAAAUAUCAAUGAAUGUCUUUCCCAACCCUGCAUGCAUGGUCAAUGUGUUGAUUUCCUGAAUAAUUUUACAUGUAGUUGUGAUCCUGGAUAUGCGGGUACUCUUUGUGAUAUCAAUAUCAAUGAAUGUGACUCAAGUCCUUGCUUUAAUGGUGGAACUUGUACUGAUCUUGUUAAUGACUUUUCUUGUGAAUGUCCAGAAAAUUUCAUGGGGAAAAGUUGCCUUGAAGUAUAUGAUGCAUGUCGCUCUAUGCCUUGUACAAAUGGUGGUACCUGUCAAACAAACAUUCCUUCCCAUGAAUAUCAUUGUCUUUGUUUAAGUGGGUAUUUGGGAAAUCAAUGCGAAAUUGAUGUUGAUGACUGUGAAGGUAUAGUUUGCCCACCAGGAAAAAUUUGUGUGGAUCAGCCGAAUGCAUAUGAAUGUCGAUGUCCAGUUGGAUUUGCAGGAGAAGAUUGUUCUGUCAAUAUUGAUGAAUGUAGCAGCAAUCCUUGCCUUAAUGGCACAUGCAUUGAUGGCAUAGGUGCUUAUGCGUGCCAUUGUCCAGAGGGUUUGACAGGAAAACUAUGUGAAGCUGACAUAGAUGAAUGUCUGAACUCUCCUUGUGCUCAUGGUAUUUGUCAAAACAUGUUUGGAAGUUAUUUGUGUUACUGCACCCCUGGAUAUACUGGCACACAUUGUGAUAUAGAAUUUAAUGAAUGUCUUUCAAUGCCUUGUAAAAAUAACGCAACAUGUAAUGACCUUGUUAACAACUAUAGCUGCACAUGUACACCUGGCUUUGCUGGUCGAAACUGUGAAGUAGACGUAAAUGAAUGUGUUUCAGACCCAUGCCGAAAUGGAGGUACCUGCAGUGAUCUAAUCAACAGAUAUGAAUGUUCUUGUAUUCCAGGAUUUUCUGGACAAAAUUGUGAGAUUAAUAUAGAUGAAUGUGCCCCACAUCCUUGUCUAAAUGGAGGGAUUUGUAUAGACCAAAUUAAUAAGUUUACUUGUGAUUGCUCCAAUACUGGAUUUUCUGGUACUCACUGUGAGCAAAAUAUAGAUGAGUGUUCAUCAAACCCCUGUCAGAAUGGAGCCAGGUGUGAAGAUAUGAUCAAGGAUUAUUACUGCCAUUGUUAUGAAGGAUAUAGAGGGAAAAACUGUGAAAUUGAUAUAGAAGAUUGUGCUUCAUAUCCAUGCUUAAAUAGUGCUCUUUGCUUAGAAAAUUCUAAUCAAACUUUAUAUGAAAUGAAUUAUCUUGGUUUUUAUCCAUCAUUUUCAUAUGAAAAUGCAGCUGGUUACCGAUGUAUCUGUUCUCCUGGAUUUACUGGAGAAAACUGUGAAACUAAUAUAGAUGAUUGUGAAUUUAAUAAAUGUCAGAAUGGUGCUUGCAUUGAUAGAAUAAAUCAUUAUGAUUGUGCUUGUCGUGCUGGAUUUGAUGGUCAAUAUUGUGAAAGAGAUAUCAAUGAAUGUCAGAUAUUAGAACCAUGUCAGAAUGGAGCUACAUGUAUUGAUCAUAAAGGGGACUAUGAAUGCAAGUGCUUACCAAAUUAUGGUGGAAAGAACUGUCAAACAGAGUUAUUAGGAUGCAUUGAUAUUCAUUGUGAGAAUGGUGCUACUUGUAUACCAAUUUUAGAUGACAAUGGUAAUCAUAAUUAUGAAUGUUUGUGUGCUCAAGGUUUUUAUGGUGAAUUUUGUGAAAUAGUAACUACAAUUUCUUUUAAAUCAAGAGAUUACAUGCAAGUUACUUCAUACAAUGAGAUACAAAAUGCCUUCAACCUGGAAUUCCACUUUCGCACAACUCUUUCAAAUGGUCUUUUAAGCACAGGUCUUGUAUCAAAUAUAAUGUUGCAGUAUUUAUUAUAUUUAUGGGAUGGCAUGAUUAAAGUCGAUAUUUAUAAAGAUAAUAUUCAUGUUGCUGAACUUUUUUCUAAAAGUAACCAGAAUGACUCUUUUUGGAAAUCAGUUAGGCUUGAGUUUGAACCAACCAAAGUAUCCUUAAAUGUGAGUGAUUGGGUUGUUCAUAAAAUGCUCAACUUUUCUUCUUUGAAUUUCACUGUACAAUUUGGAGCAUACCAGAAUUCUGUGCUUGCUGUUCAGCCAAAUACAAAAGAUUUUAUUGGUUGUGUUCAAGAUAUAUAUAUAAAUAAAGAUAUAAUUAUUCCAAAACAGAAUGGUUUACUUUUUGGUGCUACAGAAGGUUGCUUUAGGAAAGAACAGUGUGAAGGUUCUCCUUGUCACAGUGGCUUUUGCCAAGAUAAUUGGCUGAGUUAUGAAUGUAUUUGUUCAAGACCAUAUUUUGGAGUUACCUGUCAGUAUAGUUAUGAAGCUGCAACAUUUGGAUAUCGAAAUGAAAAAUCAAGUGCACAGCUACUUAUUGCUGAUAAUGAUCAAGUUCUUCCAUAUGAUGACAUAGAUGUUUCCUUUUUUAUGAGAACUAGGAAUGAAUCUGGAUUAAUCUUCUAUAUUGGUUCUAGCAUAAAUGGUGCAAGCAAUUGCACUACUGACAAAAAUAUAAAUGACACUUUCAUGCUGGCUAGAUUGUAUUUAGGCUAUUUGCAAGUCAUCCUUAAACAACAGAAUGGAGAUAUUAAAACUUUAACACAUAUGGAGAAAAUAGAUAAUGGCAAUAAUUACUUCAUACAAGUUCUGAAAAACAGUUCCAUGCUGCUAAUUAAGGCAAAUGAAUCAGUACUGACUGUGCCUGUUUCAAGUUCUCAUAUUUGUACUGAAGCUCUGUAUAUGGCUAGUUUUCCUUCACUCAGUAGACACACAAGACAGACAAACUCACCCCAUUUUAGACAUGAAAUUGAGACAGUACAUUUGGAGGACAUUACCUUCUUCAAAGGGAUACUUCAAGAUUUUAGAAUCAAUAACAAGGAAGUUGUGUUUUAUGAGCUGAAUGCACAAGGAGAUCAAUUUCCCGAAAUAUUAGGACAGGUAGAGUUGUCAGAAAAUGUGAAAAAAGGUGUAGUUAGUGAUGAUCCAUGCAAUAUUCUGAAUCCAUGUCUUCAUGAAUCUGUGUGCACAGAUGUAUGGAAUGAUUAUAUUUGUAUUUGUCCUGAUGACUACCGAGGAAAGAACUGUGAAGAGCGAAAGCCAUGUGCAGAAAAUGCUUGCCCUAGCAUAUCUGAAUGUAGGAAUCUUGAAAAGGGCUAUGAAUGUGUUGCAAGUGCAGCUUUUAAUGGAAAACAAAGUGGUAUCCAUUAUCAAGUGCAGAAUGUGACCAGCAGUAUAACAAAUAUAACAUUCUCAUUCCGAUCCAUCACGAAUGGUACAAUAUUAUGGUUAGAGGGAAAUCAAAAGUCUGGACCAAACCAUUUCCUGCACGUUGAAAUUGUUUCAGACACAUUGAAUGUAAAUUGGGAUUUGGGUCCAUCCUAUGAGAAUCCUCACAAAACUGUUAGUGAAAAGAUUGAUGUAGGAAGAGGAGAAUGGCAUCAAGUAGAAAUAUGGUUUGAUGGCAGUUUGGUGCACUUGAAAGUUUCUGGCAAUCCUGAAAACUUAGCAGAAGAAAAUUAUUCAGAUGGUUUGAGAGAACUUUUAAAUGAAGGGGCAGAUGUGUAUAUGGGAUACAAACCUGGAGCUGAGACCCAGUUUCAGGGCUGCCUUGAUGAUGUUCGCAUUGGCGGGAUUUUGCUUUCAUUUUUUAAUGAAUCCUUCUCCCCCAGUUUAAGUAAUCCUUUUAAGAUCAUUGAAAAAAAUGUUGAAUUAGGAUGCAUACUUUGUUGGGAUGAAGACUGUAUUCACGGAACUUGCCAGAACAAAACAGAUUCUUAUAACUGUGAUUGCUUUAAUGGCUAUGAAGGUCAGUAUUGUGAGGAAGAUUUGUGUUCUACACGAAAUCCUUGUGAAAACUCGGGUUCAUGCUAUCAUGAUAUUAUAGAUGGAAGUUUACAGUGUUCUUGUCCUAAAGACUUUACUGGUGCAACCUGUACUGAUCCCAAUCAUUGUGAACCUGAGCCAUGUUUCAAUGGUGGAACCUGUGUUCCAGGAAAUGGUACUUAUAGUUGUAAGUGUCCUAGCAGCUAUGAAGGUCCACAAUGUAAUUAUACUAAAAUUUUAGAUUGUAAUGCUGUUCAAUGCGCACAUGGCAGUUGUUUAAAUAUUGAUAUAUCAGAAACAAAAAAGUUUAAAUGCAUUUGCUCACGAGGCUAUAAAGGUGACUAUUGCAAUGAAACAGAAGAUUUUUGUGGAAGUAAUCCAUGUAAAAAUGGAGGAGCUUGCAAAAUUUAUCAAGAUGAAGAUUAUGCUACUUAUCGAUGUGAAUGCAGUAGAGGCUUUGCUGGAGAUCACUGUGAAAUCAAAAUUGAUGAAUGUUUAAAUUUUCCUUGUGAACAUGGCACAUGUACUGAUUUGUCAUUUGGCAACUAUAAAUGUGAUUGUUAUCCAGGUUAUCAAGGGAAAAACUGUUCAGUUAAACAAAAAUGUGAAGAUAAUCCUUGCUUUAAUGGAGGAACCUGUGAAAAUAUAGAUAAAGAUCCACAAUAUAAAUGCAAGUGCCCUCUAGGUCAUAUCGGCUACCACUGCAAUAUACGUAAUGAGUGCCAUCCAUCAAAGUGUAAUCACCAAGGAGAUUGUGAACCCAGCUUUGAUGAAAAUGAGCUUUACUUUAUUCACCGUUGUUCAUGUUAUGAUGGCUAUAGUGGUGCUGAUUGCUCAACAAAGUUGGCUAUCAGUGGAAGUGAUGAUGAUGGUACCAAUCUCAUUCUUAUGAUACUCAUUCCUGUGAUGUCAUUAUUUAUUGUGUGCCUACUUAUUGGAACCAUUGUGUUCCUGAGGAUAGCCAAAAAGAAGAGAGCAACUCGGGGAACGUAUAGCCCCAGUCGACAGGAAAUGUUUGGCUCAAGAGUAGAAAUGAAUCAUGUUAUGAAGCCUCCACCUGAAGAAAGACUCAUAUAAAAUGUCAUAAUUUUUUUAUGCCUGAUGUUUUAAUAUUGCACUUAUGAUAAUUUUAGGUUCCAGGAUUUGACUACUUAUGUCCAGCUGUCUGCUCCAUAAGCACCGGAAAAUGAUCUUUCAAACAUGUGACAAAAAUACCCAUUUUAGAAAUAUCUAUACUUUGACUAAAUCAGUUUUGAUUGAUUAAGGACCAGAGAUUAUUUUCAAAUUUUACAAACAUUUGAGUCAUCUAUAUCAACAUAUUUCUUCAUUAGAUAAUAUAAAAUAAUGUUUUUUAGAGAAAGAAGAAAUGAAUCUUGCCUCAUUUUAUAAUUGCAUCAUUUGAAUAAUGUAUUAUUUGUACAUAUGAAUUUUUUGUGUAUAUUUAUUUGAUCAUUGUAUGUUUAAUUUUAUUAAUAUCUGAUGAAAGUGCAUAUUAAUUGUGUGUUAUGUAAAUUCUGUAUGAAAAGUUCACUUGCUAAAUAAAAUGAAUAAAAACUGAUAUUGCUUAUCAGGAUUAAAAUAUUGUUUUUAAAACUUGCCAUUAUUAACUUCAUAAAAUCAUUCAAUGUAUGUAUUCAUCAAAAUAUUAUUUUAUUGGAAAGAUGGAAGUUAAUGAUGUAGGAUUUUAUAAGUGUAUAUAAUACUAUUUAUCUCACUUGUAAUUUAUUAUCACAAGAUUUUAUAAUCUGUGCUUAAAUUCUCACCAAUAUUAUCUUUUAAAAAUAGUAUAUGAUGCACAUGAUGCAUAAUAUAUGAUGCAUAAUAUAUGAUGCACUGAAAAGAUUGUUUUACAGGAACAGUUGUUCUCAGAGUAAUUUAUAUAAAAUUUUAAUUUUAUUUACAGUUUUCUUUUACAUUAGUGAAGUUUUAUUUUAUAAAUCUGAGUUAUUUUUCAGUGAUUUUAAUGUAAAAAAUUUAUUGUAAAAAGCAUUUAUUUAAAAUACGGAAAAUAAUUCAUUAUGAGUAAUUUAAAACUAUAAAUGUUUAUUUAUUGAACUUUACAUUUAUAAAAAAUAAUAUAAGUGUAGAAAUGUCAUUUUACGCUUGACAUGUUUUAUACCAUUUUUAAAAUAUAACAGUAACAAAUUCUCAUUACAUAGUUCUAUUUAAAAUUAUACAAUAGUAUCAUUCUUUUGACAAGUAGCUUUUAAAGUAAAUACUUUUACUAAAUUUUAUAUCUAUUUUUCUCAUAUCUGCGCAAAUGUUUUUUUUUUUUUUUUUUUUUUUUUUUUUUUUUUUUUUUUUUUUUUUUUUUUUAAUUGUUAAAAAUCAAUCGAAAUAUAAUGUUUAAAAUAGGUUUAUUUGUGAACACUACAAAUAUGUUUACAUAUAGACAUAUUGUAUUAUAUACUGAUUAUAUUUUUUCCAAAAUUAAAUCAUCUAAACUUUGUUUGUUUUACUGUAAAAGAAAGUGAAGCAAAUUUCACAUUUGUUGAAUAUGUGGUGAUUUAUAAAGAAAUAUUUUUUAAUAUCAUAUUCAUGUUUGUAAUAUUGUUAUGCCUUGCAGUUAAAACAUGAAACUUCGUCCAGUUACAGUUGUGAUAGUGUCCGUCCCUCAAGCAUUCCACUAUGUUCUUGAAAAAUUGUAAUAUUUACCUUUGCCGUCCAUUUUUUGUAGACUUGCGUGUAUAAAAUGAUUGUAAAAUAAAUUAGUUUUCCAUGUAAA